CUGCAGAAAUCCGGCGUUGGCGGUGGCGGGAUGGGAGGGGGAGUGGGAGCCGCCCCCGCCCCGCCCCCCGCCGGGAUCCCCGCAGCUCAGGGCCCCGCAGCCCCAGGCGCCCCGACGACGGCAGCCCUGGGGACCCCCGCACCCCCCGCCCGGAGCCAGGCGGACAAACCGGUGCUGGCAACCCAAGUUCUGGGCACUGUCAAAUGGUUCAACGUCCGAAAUGGUUAUGGAUUCAUCAACAGGAAUGACACCAAAGAGGAUGUCUUUGUCCACCAGACAGCCAUUAAAAGAAACAACCCUCGGAAGUUUCUUCGAAGUGUUGGGGAUGGGGAAACAGUGGAGUUUGAUGUCGUGGAAGGAGAGAAGGGUGCAGAAGCUGCUAAUGUGACUGGUCCAGGGGGGGUACCAGUGAAGGGCAGUCGCUAUGCUCCCAACCGACGCCGUUUUCGUAGAUUUAUUCCCCGGCCACGCCCUGCUGCACCUCCUCCCCUGGUGGCAGAGGCCCCUACAGGGGUAGCAGAGCCAGGUAGCGAAGGGGAACGGGCUGAGGACCCCAGUCAGCGACCUCGCCGACGCCGCCCACCCCCCUUCUUUUACCGACGACGUUUUGUCAGGGGCCCUCGACCCUCCAACCAGCAGCAGCCUAUGGAGGGUACAGAUGGAGUAGAGCCCAAAGACCCAGCCCCCUUAGAAGGUGACCAGCAGCAGGGAGAUGAACGGGCACCUCCACCCAGAUUCCGACCCAGAUAUCGAAGGCCUUUCCGUCCUCGGCCUCCACAGCAGCCCACCACAGAAGGUGGAGAUGGAGAGACCAAACCCAGCCAGGGUCCCACAGAUGGCUCAAGGCCUGAGCCCCAGCGCCCACGAAAUCGGCCUUACUUUCAACGUAGGAGGCAACAGCCUCCUGGUCCCCGGCAGACUGCAGCCCCUGAGGCUGAUAACAAAGAGCCAGUACCCCCGGGCCCACCCCCAGCAGGCCCUACCCAUCAGGAGACCCCAGCAGAGGCAGUCAAGCCCAUGCCACCUCCUGCGGACACACCUUCCCAGCCCCGCUUGGAGCCACAGCACCAGCUUGUGGAUACCUCAACCCCUAUAACCAGUGGGGACUCCCCUACCACCUUACUGGAGUGAUUCCAACUAGGGGGACAACUAGAGCAGCUAUCUGGUAUCUGCCGACUUUUUCCAACUGCUCCUUCCCUGUCUCACUCCCCCCCCCCCCUCCAAAAAAUCCAUGAC